AUGCAAAAUCAACUUUCUCUACUUUCUCUCUCUAUCUCACAUAUUUCUCUCUAACCAUCCUUGAAAAUAUGCUAAAACGUUACGGAGGAUUUGUUAGGUCAAACUAUUUGUGUGUAGUUCUUUGUCUUGUUGCGAUUGUCAAUGCUGAGGAUCCGUAUCGAUUCUUUACUUGGAAUGUUACUUAUGGAGACAUAUACCCUAUGGGUGUCCUUCAACAGGGAAUUUUGAUAAACGGGCAGUUUCCAGGUCCGGAAAUAUAUUCGGUCACAAACGAUAAUCUCAUCAUCAAUGUCUUCAACAACUUGCCCGAGCCUUUUCUCAUUUCAUGGAAUGGCAUACAACAAAGAAGAAAUUCAUAUCAAGAUGGAGUUUAUGGGACAAAUUGCCCGAUUCCACCGGGUCAAAACUUCACAUAUAAAUUACAAGUGAAAGAUCAGAUUGGAAGCUUUUUCUAUUUUCCAUCUAUCGGAUUCCAAAAGGCUGCUGGGGGUUAUGGAGCCAUCAAAAUCCUUAGCAGACCACGGAUUCCGGUUCCGUUUCCAGAUCCAACUGACGAUUACUCCAUUCUUAUCGGCGACGCCUAUUCAACAAAUCACACCAGACUCGAGAAAAUUAUGGACCUCGGAUGGAGACUUCCUUUUCCCGAUGGAAUCUUAAUUAACGGUCGCGGAGAUGGUGGCGUAUCGUAUAAUGUCGAGCAAGGUAAAACUUAUAGGUUAAGAAUAUCGAAUGUGGGCCUACAAAACUCGCUAAAUUUCAGAAUUGAAAAUCACACGAUGACAUUAGUGGAAGUUGAAGGGACACACACUGUCCAAACAUCCUUGUCAUCUCUUGACAUCCAUGUGGGACAAUCAUACUCUGUUUUGGUCACUGCGGAUCAGCCCCCUCAAGAUUACUAUAUUGCAGUUUCCUCCCGAUUCACCAGUCAAAACCUCAACACCACCGCCAUCCUCCGCUAUUCAAACUCCGUCAAGGCCGUUUCUGGCACACCGCCGCCGCCUAUCGACACUGACAUCACCUGGUCAUUAAACCAAGCUAGAUCCAUCAGGACUAACUUGACUGCUAGUGGACCGAGACCGAACCCACAAGGCUCAUAUCAUUAUGGACAGAUUAACAUUACAAGAACAAUCAAAAUCACUGGAUCUGCAUCCAUAAUUGAUCGAAAACAACGAUAUAAUGUCAACGGGGUGUCGUUUGUUCAAGCUGAUACACCUCUUAAGUUGGCAGAUUACUUCAACAUUAGUGGAGUUUUUAAGGUCGGGAGUAUUCCCGAUGCCCCCACAAAUCAGAACCCCUAUCUUGACACUUCAGUUAUGGGUGCUGAUUUUCGGGAUUUCAUUGAGAUUGUGUUUGAGAAUCGUGAAAAUGUCAUGCAAAGUUGGCAUCUUGAUGGCUACAAUUUCUUUGUUGUUGGAAUGGAUGAAGGGACAUGGAGUGAUACGAGUCGAAAUGACUACAAUCUUAUCGAUGCUGUCUCACGCUGUACCGUGCAGGUAUAUCCAAAAUCGUGGACAUCAAUAUAUAUGUCCCUUGAUAAUGUAGGGAUGUGGAAUAUAAGAAACGAGUUUUGGGUGCGACAGUAUCUUGGUGAACAAUUCUAUCUUCGGGUUUAUUCUCCAGUGAUGUCAAUACGAGAUGAAUAUCUGUUGCCCGAAAAUGCCCUUCUGUGCGGUCAAGCUGUCGGGAAAAAAUCAUGAUUAGUCACAAAUAACAAAAUAAUUGAUCAUAUUCUUUGUCACACUUCAUUUUUUUGUAAACAUUUCAACAAUGUAUACUUAAAUUUCUUUAAUCAUUUACAAUUACUCACUUCGUUAUAAAAUAAAUACAACAAGUUUCUCUUUUGUAUUGUUAUAAAUUAUAUAUAUACC